AUGAAGCUGUCUCUCCUGCCCUGGGCCCUGCUGCUGCUGGUGACAGCCCCUGGCCCAGGCCCCCGGCCUGCAGCAGGUGCCCAGGGGAGCUGCUCCCACCGUUGUGGAGUCCAGGGUGGGCCGUGCUCCUGCCACCCGACCUGCUUCGGCCUGGCCAGCUGCUGCUCGGACAUUCGGGACUUCUGCCUGGAGAUCUUGCCCUACUCGGGCUCCAUCAUGGGUGGCAAGGAUUUUGUGAUGCAGCAUCUCAACUGGUCCAACCCCACUGACAGCGUGAUCUGCAGCUUUAAGGAGAGCAUCCAGACCCGCGGCUUCGUGGACUCCUCGGGACGAGUGCACUGUGUGUCACCCUUGCUCUAUGAGACUGGCCGCAUCCCCUUCACACUCUCCAUGGACAAUGGCCGCUCCUUCCCACGCUCAGGCACCUGGCUGGCUGUGCACCCCAGCAAAGUGUCAGAGUCCGAAAAGAGCCAGCUGGUGAACGAGACCCGCUGGCAAUACUACGGCACAGCCAGCAUCCAGGGUAACCUCACCCUGACCUGGAACACCUUGGCUCUGCCCACGAACUCCGUCAACGUAGAGCUGUGGGGCUAUGAGGAGACAGGGAAGCCGUACUCCCAGGAGUGGACGGCAGCGUGGUCGUACCUGUACUCCUUGGCCACAAGCAUCACCAACUCCGGCUCCUUCACCUUCACACCAAAACCUGCACCUCAAAACUACCAGAGGUGGAAAGUGGGUGCCCUUCGCAUUGUCAACAGCAAACACCACCCAGGAGAGAAGGACGUGCACGCACUCUGGAGCAACGAGCACGCGCUAGCCUGGCACCUGGGCAAUGACUUCCGGGCAGACCCUGUGGCCUGGGCCCGAGCUCAGUGCCUGGCCUGGGAGGAGCUGGAGGACCAGCUGCCCAACUUCCUGGAGGAGGUGCCCGACUGCCCCUGCACCCUGGCCCAGGCCCAGGCUGACUCUGGCCGCUUCCAAGCAGACUACGGCUGUGACAUCGAGCAUGGCAGCGUGUGCACCUACCACCCAGGGGCUGUGCACUGCGUUCGCUCCGUGCAAGCCAGCCCCCUAUAUGGCUCAGGCCAGCAGUGCUGCUACACGGCGGCGGGCACACAGCUCCUGACAGCCGACUCCACCAGCGGCAGCACCCCAGACCGCGGCCACGACUGGGGCGCACCCCCAUACCGCAUGCCACCCCGCGUGCCGGGCCUCUCCCACUGGACCUACGAUGUCAUCAGCUUCUACUAUUGCUGCCUCUGGGCGCCCGAGUGCUCCCGCUACAUGCAGAGGCGGCCCUCCAGUGACUGCCGCAGCUACCAGCCCCCGCGCCUGGCCUCUGCUUUUGGGGACCCACACUUUGUCACCUUCGAUGGCACCAACUUCACAUUCAAUGGGCGCGGCGAGUAUGUGCUGCUGGAGGCCUCUGGGACCGACCUGAGGUUGCAGGCGCGGGCCCAGACCAGGAUGACACCCAAGGGCUCUCAGGACCGAGGCACAGGGCUGACUGCUGUGGCUGUCCAGGAGGGCAACUCAGAUGUGGUAGAGGUCCGGCUGAGGGAUGGGUCCGGGGCUCUGCAGGUACUGCUGAACCAGGAGGUGCUCAGCUUCAAAGAGCAAAGCUGGAUGGACCUGAAGGGCAUGUUCCUGUCAGUAGCUGCUGGGGACAGAGUAUCAGUCAUGCUGUCAUCAGGGGCCGGCCUGGAGGUCAGCAUCCAGGGUCCGUUCCUGAGUGUGGCGGUCCUGCUGCCCGAUAAGUUCCUGACCCACACACGAGGCCUCCUUGGGACACUCAAUGACAACCCCUCAGACGACUUCACCCUGCACAGCGGCCAGGUCCUGCCCCCCAGUGCCAGUUCCCGAGAACUGUUCCAGUUUGGGGCUGACUGGGCUGUGGAGAACGCCUCCUCCCUGCUCACCUACGACUCCAAGUUCCUCGUGGAAAACUUCCUGCUCCGGCCCAAGCAUGACCCCAAUUUCCUGCCCCUCUUCCCCGAGGAGACCACCUCCAGCCCCAGCCAGGCGAGUGAGGCGGCCAAACUGUGUGGGGACAACAAUUUCUGCAACUUCGACGUGGCGGCCACCGGGAGCCUGAGCGUGGGCAACGCCACGCGGUUGGUCCACAGGCAGCACCUGCUUCGCGCGCAGAGCCUGCAGCCCGUGGUGUCCUGUGGCUGGCUGGCCCCGCCCUCCAACGGGCACAAGGAGGGCAUGAGGUACCUGGUGGGCUCCACUGUCCACUUCCACUGCGACAGCGGCUACAGCCUGGCCGGGGCCGAGGCCAGCACCUGCCAGGCUGAUGGCACCUGGUCCCGGCCCACCCCGACUUGCCAGCCAGGGCGGAGCUACGCGGUGCUGCUGGGCAUUAUCUUUGGAGGCCUGGCGGUGGUGGUCCUCGUCGCGCUCGUCUACGUUCUCCUACGCCGCAGGAAGAGCAACACGGCCGUCUGGGGUUCGCAACCCUGA